UAGAAUACCCAAAAAACCACCCUCAACAAAAUCUCCUCUAUAAGAAUAUCACCCUCUCCAAACACUCACCACCCACAUCUCAAAUCUCCACCUUUCAUCAAGUUAGAAAUGGCCCACUUGCACUUCUUCCUUCUACUAUCUCUCACAUUCUCCUUCGUGGGACCCACAUUCGGUGACACUGAACUGAUACAAAACACUUGCAAGCAGACAUUAUACAACGAUCUCUGCGUCUCAUCUCUCACCUCAGAUCCUGCCAGCAGUACAGCAGACCUUCCCAGUCUGGCCAUCAUCGCACUCAAGCUAGCUUAUGCUAGCGCGUUGAACAUGGAGAAAGUUAUUGAAGAUCAGAGCAAGGUCACCACCGACCCGUUCAUGCAGCAAUGUCUGAGCGAUUGCACUGAGAACUUUCUUGAUGCGAUUGACCAGGUCGAGGAUUCAAUCUCAGCCCUUGAUUCGAAGGGUUACAGUGAUGUGAACACGUGGGUGACAGCUGCAAUGGCAGACUCGGAGUCUUGUGAGGAAGAAUUCAAAGACCAGCCCGGCUAUCAAUCACCAUUCACAGCUCAGAAUGAAGAAUUCCAGAAGCUAUGCAGCAAUGCUCUGGCCAUUACAAAUCUCUUGUCUGGAUGAUUCUGUUUUAGAUUGCUGCUUGUUUGGAUUUCUUAUUUCAUGU